AUGACACCAGAUGGCUCAGGCGAUGGGCCUUCAAUUAUCAGCCCCGAGCUGACAGGCCGCGAGGUUGGCCCUUAUGUUCUACGGACACUGUUGGAUGAAGUGCCGCUCUCUGCGGAUGGCUCCCAAGACGAUAUCAAGAUCAACUGUGUAGACUACUUAGAUGCGAACUUAUAUGUUGGAACAUCCGCUUCAGAGCUGCUCCAUUUUGUCCAGAUUCCUCCCGACCCGAACGAUCGAUCCGGCCAGCCCGUUUAUAUCCUUGCGUCCCGGCUAUGCCCUCAAUAUGUCGAGACGCCAGGAACUCCGAAUUCGCGACCGGGUGUACAGCAAAUCUUACUAUUACCGCGCGUCGGAAAAGCAUGUAUCUUGUGUAACUGGACUGUCACUUUCUACUCUCUACCAGAGCUCAGCCCUGUCUUUGGCACGACGCUGGUCAAGAACUGUAGCUGGAUAGGCGGCAUUGACCUCAACGAGCCCCUGCUUGACAAUGAUGGCCCAGAAAGAAGUGGAGGCGUCACUAUCCUGCUUUCUUUAAUGCGCAAGAUUCAGGCAGUGCGCGUAGGGGAAGAUGCUCGUGUCACAAAGAAAAUUGACUUCUCGGGAAGCACUUUAUCAGUGCGCAGAGACUCAAUCGCGUGUGUAGCGGAUUCCAAAUCCUAUGCGCUCAUUGACGUGGAGCAGCAACUGAAGAUUCCUUUGAUGAGCAUCUCGUCCUUGGAGGAGACUACUUCACCUAGUGAGAUUGGACACGCUCAGAGUAUUGGAACAGACACAACAAGUGGGCUGCUUCGGAGCUCUUCUUCGACUGGAAACCGAACUGCCAGUGAAGCCCCAAGCCAUAGCCGAAGUACUAGCCUGGGAGGUUCGAUAUUGGACAGCAUUCGUCGACAAGACCGUGGCAAUGAAAGUGAUGAUUUUCUUGGUCGCCACCCUUCGCCACAACUGUCGUCUAGCCCGAGGCCCUCUAUGGAGAGAGCCUCAACUCCAAACCCGGCACUAGAUAAACCUUUACCAGCUGCGCCAUCACGCUCAGGCACCCCCUCUCAAACAGCGAAUCCUAGACCCAAGCCUGGCGCGGUCUUUUUGAAGCCUCAUAUCACCUCACCAACCCCUGAUGAGUUCUUGCUCGUUACUGGAACCGACCCUUUGGAACCGGGAAUCGGCAUGUUCGUCAAUCUAGACGGCGACCCUACGCGACCUACCCUUGAAUUUACUAGGUAUCCUCGGGAGGUUGUUGUAGACAGCCCAAUUUCGGAUUCUGACUCAUCGCAACCGUCCCUGGGGCAGCAGGAGGAGGGCUAUGUUUUAGCAUCGUUGACUAAAGAGGUCAACGGUGCCUUGAAGCAUGGUCUUGAAAUUCAACGAUUUGAUGCUGGCUCAGAUGUAAACCCACAGAGGUACUGGUUGACAGCUAAAGAAGUUGGUCAGGAUGGGGUUUAUGGCAUUCGCUCACUUGCUGGAACUGAAGAAACACGUUUCGAGGAAAUUGUCCAGAAGCUUUCUCAAAGACGAUACACACCUUUCUCUGUUUCCGCCUCCCCAGGCACACCUGAUCCUUCAUCUGCAGGCAAGACCUCAGAUUCAAGGACUGCUUUAUCGAUAGAACAUAUGUCGAAAGAGAAGGAGCUCUUUGACAGAAAUAUUGACUCGCAGGAUGAAGAGUCACUCCCAGAAGAAUGGGAGGCAAAUCGUAACGCAGAAGGAGAAGAGUUUGCUCGCCAACUUGCCAAGGCACAUGCUAAUUUGGCAGUCUGGAGUGGCAGCCGUAUAUGGUGGGCUAUCCGCAAUCCCAUCCUGAUACAGCUCGAUGCUGCUUUGGAAGCAGCCUGCGCGGGUGACGUUUUCAAUCCCGCUGAGCUAGACAGACAAGCAAUAUUUACCACUAUCAACUCCAUCAGGGGCCGAGACCCACAGACAGAGUUGGAGUUUAUGACUUAUGGAUAUAUACGGCAAAAGGCAGGCAUUCUGCUCUUGACGAACUUAUUAAAAGCGCCUGAAGACAGACAGUUCACAGAGAAAGAAGUAAAGGCGCUUGAAGAAGUCUUAGUCGAAAGUGGCCUAGACCCAAGAGUAGUGCUAUCGUUGAUUCCAAGCGUUCGCAACGAGAUCAUUGAAGGGUCGCGUGGUAUUUGGAUAUAUGGUGGCGUAAGAAGAACUGCCGAUGCCUACCUCCGAAGUAGAGAAUUCCAGAUGACUUCAAAGGAUGGUGUUGGGACACUGGAGCCAAGGACAAUGCACUUUCUUCGGAGGUUUCUCGGUACCUGGCGGAAGAGAAAAGGCUUUGGUAGUGUUGCCGAUGAGCGAGAGGUGUUCCACACUGUCGACGCUGCUCUCCUCCUUGUUCUUCUUGAAAUCGAUCAGCACUCUCCUAAGGGGUUGGGCAAAGGGGGUGUUGUGCGAUCAGAGCUUUACGAAAUUGUGGACAAGGGUGUUGACUGUUUCGACCGCGCAGUCGGUCUACUCGAAACGUAUCACCGUCUCUUCGUGCUGAGUCGAUUGUAUCAGAGCCGCAAGCUUGCAGGCGAUGUGCUAGCUACUUGGAGGCGUAUCAUUGAGGGCGAGCAAGACGUAGGACAAGAGCUUCGCGAAGGCGAGCAGCGUGUUCGUGAGUAUCUAACAAAGAUUAGCAGCCAGGCCCUUGUUCAAGAAUACGGAGUCUGGUUAGCAAAUCGCAACCCAAAACUUGGCGUUGAAGUCUUUGCGGAAGACAAGGGACGCGCGCCCAAAUUCGAGCCAGCACAAGCCGUUGCGAUCUUGCGAAAGGAGGCACCUGGCGCAGUCAAAUACUAUCUAGAGCACUUGGUCUUUGGCAAGGGGCACACGACUUAUAUAAACGAUCUGAUGGCAUACUACCUAGAUGUGGUUGUCCACGAUCUGGAGUCCUCUGAAGAAAGUCGAACCAUCGUCAGGGCGACUUAUGCAGCGUAUCGAGCGCUGCAAGCUCCUAAACCUGCAUACAGCCAUUUUCUUCGGGAUAAUGCCCCGCCUGACAACGAGGUCUGGCACAGUCGUUUGAGGCUACUUCAAUUACUGGGCGAAGCAAACGAUUAUGAUGCAGCAGCAAUAAGAGAUCGAAUUUCUACUCUGCCGGAUGAUCUUCUCGUACCUGAGACCAUCAUUCUCGCCGGUCGGGAACGUAAACACAACGAUGCCCUUCGUCUCCUCAUACACAACUUGGGUGACUACGAUACCGCUGUUUCGUAUUGUCUUCGAGGGGGUGCUGGUACGACAGGUGCAGCCCCGUCUGAGCGACCCUCGUUUGAGGAGCAGCGUCGUUUGUUCGGCGUCGUCUUUCAAGAGUUUCUCUCCCUCGAGGAUAUCAGUGACCGUGUCGAACAAACCGGUGCUCUCCUCGAGCGCUUCGGUGGAUGGUUUGAGAUCGACGAUGUGCUUGGCCGUAUUCCUGACGAUUGGUCUGUCGAUAUUGUUGCAGGGUUCCUCGUUGGGGCACUCAAGCGUCUUGUUGGCGAGAGGCACGAAGCCAUGCUCACAUGCGCGCUUAGCGGAGCACAGAACUUACGUGUGAACUACGAUUUGGUUGUCAAGGUGGAAGAGAAGGGGCCAAGCAUUGAAGCCCCGAACUAA